AUCACAAAGAAAACAGAAUGGGCCUUCACUUUCGGUUAGCGCAGGGUUGAGCUGCCUUCACAGUCCUUGUCUCAUAAGACCUUCAAUCUCAACCUUAAUUCAACUUCAGAGAAUCGUCUUCUGACGAUUUUCCAACUUCGACUCGACGACUUCAUUCCAUAUGUCUCUCAUAAUCCGAAUGUAACUUUGAGCUUGGCUGUCCACUCUUUUUCAUGGUCAUAUCGAGAACGGGUCGGCAUCGACAGUGAGCUGCCCAGCCGCAGCAACUUUUCUCAUUUGUAUCUUUCAUCUUUAGACUUAUCGACCGACGGCAAGGCAACAUGGCCCUCCGGCAAAAGCUCAGCAAGCCAUUUGUGGUCGAACCGACCUCGGAGCACACCCACACAGUUGUUUUCCUUCACCGUUUUCCCGAGUCCGUGACCGACGAUGAGCUCCCCGCCAAAGUCCUGUCGUCAAAACAGACCAAAAACCACAAAACACUGCACGAGCAGUUUCGGGGCAUCCGAUGGGUCUUCCCGUUCCCCAAGACCGGCGCGUUCCCCUACGCAAACCUCAGCGCCGCCGACAAGGCCGCCGUAGGCCUGCUUCCAACGUCGGUGCCCUACAUUACGCAGAUCCUCCUCCAAGAAGCCAAAGUUAUCGGUAGCCUCGACAAAGUGAUUCUAGGCGGCCAGGGCGAGACUGCUGUUGCGGCGCACGGAGCCAUGUCGUCCUUCCCGGAGCCACGCAACGUGGAUGUGACCAAAUUCAUGCGCGACACCCUCCACUCACCCUCGUGGACCGAUAUCGCCAGCGACCCGCGCCUUGCCGGCUUCGUUGGCAUGCACGCCGAAGCCCGCGAACCCACACGCGACGUCACCAGCUACAGCAUCGCGCGCAAGACGCCCAACAACAACCCGCCGCACAUCAACACGUCCAUCGUCGCCAACACGCCGCAUUGCUUCAUCCACGGCGGGUACAAGGUGCAGACCGCCACCUGGGACGGCCGUCGCAUCGACGACUUUGCCCGGUUCCUCGCCGAGGUUGUGGGUGUCCACCGUGAAGUCGACCCCAAAGAACUUGUGAAGAAGGAGGGGCGGGAGGAACUCACGCCCCGCGAUCGCACCAUUCAGCCCGAAAAGGAGAAGGACGACGGUCUAACCGAGGCACAAAAGUACGCCCUCGAAGUCGCCAAGGAAAAGAAGGCCAACGAAGCCCUCGCAGAGAAAAUCAAGCGUCGCAUCGAGGCCGACAAGGUCGAGCGCAAGAUCCGCCAGGAGCGCGAGAGGCAGGCGCGUGAGGCGCGCGAGGUGGCGGGGCAGCGCGCGAUCAUCAAAGGCGAGGACGAGGACGACAAGAAAGAAGAUGCAGAGCCCUUGGCCCUGCAACGCUACGAGCGACCGAUGUGGGUGGUGGGCGACAGCGCUGUUUGCGCCGGCUUUAAUAUGUACGAUCAUAGUGAGGAUUCAGAGGACGACGACGAGAAUACUACCUUACCACGCCGUCUUCCUAAGCGGCGCAGGAAGGACCCUCCUGGGCAGCGGGCUGCCGGUGAUGCCAACUGGGAGGCUCCGUGUGCGGUCAGGGGGGAGAUGAGUGAGGCGCAGAUGAGAGCCUUUGGGUUGAUUAAGGACUCGGGACCAGAGGGGAAGAAGGAUGGGAAAGGAGAGAACCGGGUUCUCCGGGGCAUCAAGCGGGAGCGUCUUGAUCACUAAGUAAUUCUUGGAGUGUAUGCGGGCACAGCCAGAAGUAGCCUGCGAGUGUGUACCUAAUCUGUAAUACCCGUGGGUCGCCUGGUGUUUCCCCGGAGAACCGGCUGUAGGCUCAUCAAGAGCCUCAAGCGAGAGAUGUCCUCAUCACUAAGUAGUGCCUGGAAUCUAUGCGGGCAUAGCCAGGAGUAACCCGCGGAGUCUGUACGUACCUAAUCUGUAAUACCCGUGGAUCGCCUGGUAUCUGUUCUGGAG